AAUCUCCAGUUGCUAACAUCUCACCGCUCGGCGACGAUACCAUGCCAUCCUCUACUUGAUCUUUGUCUUCCCAUUCCUCAACCUGCGUGCCUGUCUCCAAGUCCCAGACUCGAAAUGCCCCAUCCGAUGAAUAGCAGAUGACCCGCUGUCCACCGGGCAGGUGUAGCGUGCGAUAGACGUCAUGAGGUGGAUGCGAUAUAAUUUUGGUUUCGGUAUUCACUUAAUGGAUGUCCUUGACUUGUGUACAGAAAGAUGAAUACGGGAUGAACGCUGUGACGAUCAUAAGCACUGGCUGUGCACAUCAAGCGCCCAACAUCAUGAUUUCGGACCAACUACCUGCUUCCUUUAUCUGCAUUGUCCUCGACAUCGCGACCAUCCUAUCCUGCCAGCCCGCAUCCCUGUGUUUCUCCAGCAGUCUAAUGUGUACGAUUCUGCAGUCUCCGCAUCUGUCCUCGCGCCAUAUUUCUGUGGAAGUCCAACUCGACACAUUCUUCCUGCCCUUUGUUCUCAGCGUCCAAGCUGAGUUUUUCACAUUCAUCGUCACACUAUUACACGAUCUGACCAUCCUUUGUUCGAUCUGGAGUCGAAUAGUGAAGGUGGCUUUAUCCAUGUCAUCUAGAAGUUCGAUGCUGUACAGACCGUGUCGGAUUCUCUUUCACAACAAUAAUAUGUUCAUUCACCUGUAUUCACUCACUUGGUAUCAUGUCUGGUCGCCCUGCUAAUCUGUUCCAUUUCAUUCCACUGCCCCAAUCCGAUAUUGUGGUCUUCGUAUCAACCUGAUGUUUUAUUUCCGUUGGAAUUUACUGAUACAUUCUCGUUUUCUCUCCGACCUUUGUGCUCAACUUCCUACACGAUUCCUUUGUCGCCCCAUUGUCGAUCUC